AAUAAUUAAAAAAAUACAAUACUCUCUUUACUAAUCUCCUUGACAUAUGCAGAAUGCAAGAUGUGGUGCAGAGCAAACUCAAACUGUUACUCGCCAGGCUCCUACAAUUACUCAUGUUCCUGGCAAGGAGAAGUCACCACAACUUGACGACGGUGGAACUGGAUUUCCGCCUCGUGACGACGACGAUGGUGGAGGUGGAGGAGGUGGGGGUGGAGGCAACUGGUCUGGUGGAUUUUUCUUUUUUGGGUUUCUUGCUUUCCUUGGCUUCUUAAAGGAUAAGGAAAGUGAAGACACAUACAGGGAUAACCGAAGAAGGUGAAGAAUUGGCCACCACCAAAAAUGCAUGCUUUGCUUGAAGUAUUUUGCUGCUUCAUUCUUUAAUUUCCUCUCUCAUAUAAUCAUAUUGGGGUCGAGUGAGGUUCUGUGCUUGCCUAAGAUGAUGUAAUGCGCAGAAUUUUUGUAUUUUAGAAAUUAAACAGCACUUGAAACUUUAGUAUGGAAGGAAAUAUCGUAAUAAUUAGUAUCAUAUUACUUACAAGUUACAUCUGUAUGUGUUUAAUCUCGGUGUUACUAUAGUAGUUAAGCCUUUUGACUUGGAUGUUACAAAUUAGAAUGAUAAUUAGAUGGAACACUAUGGGCCACCAUAAACUAGGAAAUGCUCUUUACCUCGUUUGUCUAUGUUGACUUAUAUUAUAUUAGAAAGCA